AUGGAUAGUGAAAGUAUUGAGUCUAUUGAAAAUUUUAAAGAAUUUAAACCUAUAUUACAACAACAAAUUCUUGAUAAAGAAUUAAAAUUUAUGGAAGAGGUAAGACAAAAUCAUGAAGCAUUUAAAGAUCUUGAUUCCAAUUUAUCAUUUCUUAUUGAAUGUGUUGAUUCACUUAAAAAACGAGUUGUUGAAUUAUCAAAUGAAUUAAAUCAAACAUUUACAGGAUUUCAAAAUCUUCAUGGAGAAGCAAAGAAAAUUAAUCAAUUAGUUGAACAAGACAAACAUGCACAUAUGUUAAUUUGUUCAUUAUUAACUAAAUGUAUUCCACCACCUGAAUUAAUUCAAAGAUUAUUAACUACUCCUGUUGAUGAAAAAUAUGGAAGAGAUUUAACACUAUAUCAUCAAAUAUUAGUUAGUUUUGAAGAUAUGAAAGAAUUAUAUAAAGAAUCACCUAUUAUUAAAUUAUGUAAAGAAUAUCAUAAACAUACAACACAAAUUAUUUGUCAAAGAAUUUAUGAAGUUAUUUCAGAUAAACUUAAUAAAUUAUCACAAUCAAAUCCAAUUAUUCUUCAACAUUUAUUAGCAAAUAAUUAUUCUAUUCAUUUUAGAUUUUUAAUGUAUUAUUCAGAAGAAAAUUGUGUUUUAUUAAGAAAUAAUCAUAUGGAAACAAUGAAAAUUUUAUUACUUCAAUAUUUUCAAUGUUAUACAGAAGAAUUACUUAAAUUAAAAUCAAAUAAACCAAUUUCAAAAACAUUUGAAUUGAUUGAAUAUUUACCUAAAGAAAAAAAGUUUAAUCCAUGUACUGAAAAAGAAAAAGAUGUUAUUGGAGCACUUAAUAAAAUUAAAACACGAAUUGAUAUUCAAAGAAAUAUUUCAAAUCUUGAUGAUCAAAUAAUAAUUCCUGCUAUUCAAAAUGAUACUAAAGAUAAUAAAUUUGAACUUGAAACAAUUAUUGAUAGUUUAUAUCGUGUUUUAUUUGAUACAAUUGCUAGUCAUGUUGAUUGUUAUUGUAGAUUAUAUCGGAAAUUAAAUAUUGAUAAUUCUCAAAUGAUAAAUGAAGUAAAUGAUAUGGUUAAAAUAGUAUUUGAACCAAUUUUUCAAUAUUUAAUGCAAACAAUUAUUGAACGAUUAAUUAUUUAUCAAAACCUUGAUAGUUUUUCUUAUUUCAUUUAUUUAAGAGAAUUUGUUAAUUGUCAAAAUUUUAUUGAUAAAAAUUAUAAUAUUUUAAAUGGUGUAAUACCUUUAAGAGAACAUCUUAAUACUGUUACUCAAUUAGUUAUUACAAAAGUAAAUUUCUUAUUAAAUAAUACAAUUAUAUUUGUACAAAAUGCUUCUAAUCAACCUAAAAAAGAAAAAAGUCCUAUUCAUUUAUUAACAAGAAAAUAUGCACAAUAUAAUGCUUUAUUACAUUAUGCUCAUGUAAUUCAUUAUUAUCAAGAUUUAGAAGAAUUACAAUGGAAAUUUAGAACAAGUAUUGAAUCAUAUAUUGUUAAAACAUCUGCAUUUGAAAAUAAUAAUGCUGAAAUUAAUACUGUUUUUAAUGAAUUUCUUAAUAUUGUUUAUAUUACUUGUUUCUUAAAAGAACAAGAUGAACAAUUUAUGAAAUCACAAAAAGAUAUUCAUGACUUAUCUAUCAAAGAAAAACAAACAAUGAAUGUUGAUAUUUUUAAUUUUCAACAUAAUUUAGAAAUGAAACGUGAAACAUUAGGUAAUCUCCUUGUUGAAAAAUUCUUUUUCUUUCUUCUUGAAACAAUUAAUAGAGUAAAAUCAUUUGAAUAUAAGAAAGAUCAACAUGGUGUAAAUGAAACUGAAUUAACUCAAUUCAUUGACCAUUUAAGAGGAUUUGUUCCAACAUUUAAACAAAAAUGGAUUAUUAAAUUAAAAGAAAUGAUGUUAUUUACUGUUGAAAUAAGUGAAAUUAAAGAUAAAACUAUUGAAUAUUGGAAUGAUGUAGAAAAAGAAAUUCAUACUGAAUUACAACGAUAUGUUUUAAAAUACUUUUUAACUUUAUGUGAAGAUUUUGAUAAAAAAUUAAAAGGAGAUUUAAUUCCAUCUGAAAAUCGUUUGGAAUUAGUUCGUGGAUUUACAACAUUUGCUGCAAUUUAUGCUGAAGUUACAAAAUAUAUGGAAGCAAUUCAAAAAGGAAUUUCAUUUUCUUCAAUUAAAUAA